AUGGCGCCAUCGACUGCUACGCCGACUGACCUGCAUCGUGCUUCCGCGGCCAGUGCCUGCCUCGCCUGCCGGAAAGCAAAAGUGCGUUGUCUCAUCUCACAACGCCGUGACCGAUGCGAUCGAUGUAUAACGAACGCUUCUGAGUGUGUUUUUGCCCAGACAAAGAGGGCUAGAGUGAGGGCACGGCCGUAUCCACAGGGCCCAAGACGUGAGCCCAGAACUGCCGAAGCUGACAAUCGACAUGCCGUGGAAGAAGUGACAUCUACUACAAAUAUAACUAGUGUACCACAGGAUGAACCCGGUGACAUAUCUCAGCCUCGGACUUCUAACAGCCAGAGAGCUAUUUCCAUUGAUGAUCAGCCGCAGCUCUUGCAACAUCAACAGCCAGUGAUUACCAAUGCAAUCCGCGCAAGGAUCAUCGCAGCGUUGGUCACUCUCAAGGGAAAGAGAGGCGCGCCUUUCAGCUUUGUCACAUCGGGAGAUAGCCCCACGUUUAGUGUUAGGAAUGACGGGCAUAAUUCCCAACCAGAAUCUUUCGGGCAGUCAGAAAUGACGCCUCAUUCGCUCAAGCUUUCAUGGCUCCUCCGUCCUUUACACACCGAUACUCAUCAGAAUGUGACUGAUGAUGCCCGUCGGGCCGCUGGCGUAGUCAAGAUGCCCACCUACCUCUCAUCCAUGACUCUUGGUCAGACCAUUAAGGACCCGAUUGAGGGGGGCAUGAUCAGCCCACAGGCAUCAAAAGCACUGUUCGAAUUCUUCAUGAUACACAUGAAUGCCAAAUGGGAGUACAUCCUUGAUCCCAAAGUCGAUACUCACGAUGGUGUUCAACGGCAAAGUUCCCUGCUAUUUACCUCGAUCCUCUUCUGCGCAUCCAAGUUCGCCAACUAUGUUGAUGGUUGUAUAAUCUCGGUGACAGACCCUUUCAUACAAAGCCGACUUUGUAGCUUAGCUCGAAACCUGGUCAUCAGGACGCUGGCGGAGGGCGACAGGUCCAUUGAGACGAUGCAAGCACUUUACUUGCUAGUUUGCUGGAAGGAUGCGGAUGACGACGUCUCAUAUCUUCACAGUGGCUACGCCUUCCGCAUUCUCGAUGAUUUAGACGUGGAGCAAAGUGAUGGUGACGGGCGGCAGGUAGCGAGACGCCGGCGAAUAUGGCUAGCAUUAUACCGGCAGGACAGACAACAAAGCCUGUUUUUCAUGCGAAGGCCAUCGCUAAGUCGAAAAGAUGAAGAUAUUUCUUUACUUGGUGAUAUGGAUACCUGGCUGAAAAUGCAAUGCGUGCUGCCAUCGGACUUCAUUGCCUGUUGUAGCGCUGACUUGCGACGUAUUCAGUCAAGAUUGCGCGGUUUGGUUCAACGGGCGUCCUCGACCAUGUUACCGUGUCUUUCAGAGAUCAUGGAUACGGAGUUGGGAGCGUGGAGAUCGAAGUGGAAAAAUUAUUUCGAGGGUAAAAUCAGGACGCAAUCCAAUGAUGAUAUGCUGCUCAAUCUGGAUUCGUACCAUCUCACUGUGCUGAUAGAUCUAUGGGAGCACAGUGUCAGGCUUAAUGUCGCAUCCGCUAUACUUCGGCAAUCACUGAUGGCCUUAGUGGCUCCAUGUCUGGAUUCUAGUCGGCAACCGGGCAACAUCUCUACGGAUCUCGACUUGGCGACCAUCCAACAGGCGCUGCCUUCUAAUCUCCCCGGGCUCACUAGUAGCGUUGAAGGCGCCUUCGGCACGCUGCGUAAUAUGAUCAAUUUUCCUCCCGAUGACCUCAGAAGAGCUCCCGAUGCCGUGCUUCUAUUGGCUCCAAAUGCAGCAUUGUUCUUAUGUCUACUUCUGUGUCUUCCGGGCAACAGCAGCCUUGGCCCAGCUUUCCAACGAACUGCCAUCAAUCUCAUUCGGGACAUCACUCAUCACAUAAAGCAAGCCGUGCUUUCACCACAAGAUACUAUAGCUCUACAUUCUGCAUAUUUAGACUCUCUGGUAGACCUCUUAAGCCCCGACACAUCCCAAUACUCGGUUGAGCAACAUGAUCUCGGAAUGCAGCCAAUCUAUAAUGUUCCGCACAUGAACGUCGGGUCAACUAUACUAGAUUCUGAUGACCCAGCGCUGCAGGCAGCUCGUGUUUUGGCAGAUGGAAUUGGCGGCCACAACUACAGGAUUAACGAUUCUCAUGAUGGAAUGUUUAGCCUUCCAGAAGAAGAUACCAGUCAAAACCUGCAUGUGCAAAUUCUGGCUAACUUGUUAGACGGAGAUCUCUUCUGGGAGCCGCCCCCCUGA